GAUCAACUGCAGUGACACCAACAACUCGAUUGGUAAUCAAAGACCGAGGCAUGUACGCCAAGCUACACUGGUGAAAGUGUCGAAAUAUUUGAACUCCGAUGGAUUUAUAUUGUUCCUGAUUCUCACUCGGAUUAGAAUACUACCUACAGAAUCCUAACCUAAACAAUAAUGUUUUGAGGCGCAGAUGGGCAUCAGCGCCGCGGGAAAUUUGACCUACUUUUUGAUUCUGAUCACACUGACAGAGCUGGCGAAAUACUAACAACUAAGCAAAUGAAAGACGACUGAGAAAGGGCGAGUUGCGAGACGACACACUGCACCAUGGGUCAGUCUCCGUCAGGGAGACUCGUCUACGGUUAUGAAAACCUCACGGACAUGUGCUUUAACGAUACAGAGGAGCCACCACGCUGCCCGUACCCUCUGUGCGCCGAAGAUAGCAACAAUUACGAUGAGUACAAAGACUUCUACGAAAUGGCUCAGUUCAUCACGGGACUGAUCUUUUACCCGGCCAUCUGCUUCCCGGGUCUUGUGGGGAAUAUCCUUACCAUUGUGGUCCUCAGCCAGAAGGGCAUGAGGACGUCAACCAAUGUGUAUUUGCUCACGCUGGCUGUGUCAGAUGCUUUAAAAAUCAUCAGUGAUAUCCAUUAUAUUCUUGUCUCUAUUCUCUUCAAAGUUGACAUCAAUGCCGGCAAAAAGGUUUACGCUUAUCUCUACCCUUAUCUUCAUUACUUUUUCGGGAGUUCUGUGUGUGUGUCGUCAUGGCUGACGGUGUCCGUGGCCGUAGAGAGAUACAUUAUGGUGUGCCACGCUACACGAGCCAAGACUCUGUGCACGAUAUACAGAGCGCGAGUUGUUAGCGCCUCGGUGUUCGUUCUCAUGAUGCUUCUGACAUUACCCUCUAUCGUUCGAUACGAGACAGUCACUUGUUUUGACCGAGGCUCAAACGACACGACGAUGGAUGUGUUCGUGACAGAGCUUUGGCAGAAUGAGACUUUUGCGCGGAGUAACACCUGGGGACAAACGCUGCUUCGCUCCGUGAUCCCGCUCGUCAUCCUCGUGGUGCUCAAUACUUGUAUUAUCAAUUCCCUGCGGAAGACGCGGGCCAAUCGCAGGAUGGCGCAGAGGAAUCGCAUCACGGUGAUGAUGAUUGCGGUGAUCAUAGUGUUUCUGGUCUGUAUCACACCAGAUGCAAUCAUGUCCACGGUGUUUGGCUACGGCUAUCACGAUUCCAACUACCUUGUAAAAGGCGUCCGCGAGAUCACUGACACAUUGCUUGGAUUAAACGCCGCGCUUAAUUUUGUAAUCUAUUGCUGUUUUAACACUGCGUUCAGACAGAACUUCAUUGCGAUGUGUUGCAAGUCGUGCGGAGCCCCUGGUGAGUAUCGACUGGUGGAUCAAGACCCUCACAGGAAGAAAAGCUCGGCACCUUCCACAAGGACAGUUUCCGACAAGGCCACGAACACCUCCGUGUCCAACGGCCUCAACAAUCACUCGUGGAACAACAAUAAAGUGCAGAGCAGUUCUGUGUAACAAUCGACUGACAAUGCUUCGUACCACCUUCUAAUCUAGACCCGACUUGAACGGAGGCUGAGAGUGACAGCAAACAAGCCUUGUGGUUGUGGCGCAUACUGAGACGCAGCUACACAGUCUGCUUCACUUUCUGAAUGUCACUGGGUUCAAACAUUCCAAAGUAUUACUUGUUCGAGGCCUAACAGCUCCCCGUAGAACACGAAAUAGUUUGUGAGUUUCACACUACGGAGAGGCUAUUUUUUUUAAGGCUUCUGACGUUUCGCUAGCCACUGUGAGGAUUGAAAUCGAUUAGACUGUGCUCACCACAGUUGUGGAUUGCCUUUAAUAGUAAGGAACUACGAUUUGAAGAACUUGCUAAGCGUAGAUGGGUAAUCAUUGUAAAGCAGGGUACCGUUCGUUAAGCACAGUUGUGUACAUAAGUGAUUGGGAUCUUUCUCAGGUUGACGCGAAAGUCACGAGGUUCUUGUAUGCAAUAGAAUUGUUAAUUAUUUGGUCGAUGUAGGUCGCUAACCCGCGGUACAAGCCAGUCUGUAUAAACAAGACAACCGACUAAACACUUCGUGAUGGAUACAGCAUUGUUAUAGGACGUAGAAAAAAAAGCUGUCAAGUGACGGCGAUGGAUACUGUUUUUGUUGCUUUUUAUCAGUUUUUUGUCCCUAUCUGUAAUCAUAAAUGACUACGACAAAACUAUCGUUUGCGAUGGCUCGGGUAUCUUAAAUUCAGUUCGGCUGAAUACAUACCCUGGUCUGUUCAGUCAUUGCCUUUAUUUUGGGACCAGUAUUUCUAAUGUUCUGUAAAUCAUGUUAAUAAGGCUGAUGUUUCUAUGGAAACGCCCUCUAUUUCCUCUCGUGUCGUGUAUACAUGAUGUAUUAUGAAAUAAAGCAUCGAAGCUGUUGCGUUCCACAACGUGUG